AUGAGAGAUCCAGAACCCUGCAGAAUCAAACACACUGAAGAGCUAACAGGUAGUAGCAAAACAUUUUUGAGGGCUUCAGAGCUGAAGACACACCUGAGAGUCCAUACAAGGGAGAAGCCACAUUCAUGUAAUUUGUGUGGAAAGAGUUUUUCACAUCUACAAAGUUUGAAAUUACAUCAGAAAAUACAUACUGGUGUGAGAGAGUACAUGUGCUUUGAGUGUGAAAAUACUUUUACUUCAGCAAACUGUUUAAAACUGCAUGAGAGGAUCCACACUGGAGAAAAACCGUACAAGUGUUCACACUGUGACAAGAGAUUCAAUCAGUCAGGAGACCUGAAAACACAUGAGAGGAUUCACACUGGAGAGAGACCUUACAAGUGUUCACACUGUGACAAUAGAUUCAGUCAGUCAGGACAUCUAAAAACACAUGAAAGGAUUCACUCUGGAGAAAAACCUUACAAGUGUUCACACUGUGACAAUAGAUUCAGUCAGUCAACACAUCUGAAAACACAUGAGAGGAUUCACACUGGAGAGAAAGCUUAUAAGUGUUCACACUGUGACAAGAGAUUCAGUCAGUCAGGACAUCUAAAAACACAUGAGAGGAUUCACUCUGGAGAGAAAGCUUUUAAGUGUUCACACUGUGACAAGAGAUUCAGUCAUUCAUCAACUCUGAAAACACAUGAGAGGAUCCACACUGGAGAGAAAGCUUAUAAGUGUUCACACUGUGACAAGAAAUUCAGUCAGUCAGGACAUCUAAAAACACACGAGAGGAUUCACACUGGAGAGAAAGCUUAUAAGUGUUCACACUGUGACAAGAGCUUCAGUCAUUCAUCAACUCUGAAAACACACGAGAGGAUCCACACUGGACAGAAACCAUAUCACUGCACUGCAUGUGGGAAGUGUUUCAAUCAAUCAUCUUCUCUACUCAGUCAUACAAAAAACAUUCACAGUAAGUAGAUCAUCUUCAGAUCCAGCACUUUCAGAUCUGAUGCUGCAAUAUUUCAUCAAGCAAUAAAAUAUCAUCUGGAUAAAUCUGUCCUAACCAGUCAUUACAAGCGACAUGAUGAAGAAAUAUUGUCUAAAGUUUUCACAGUGAAUAAAGUUAAUCUUCAUCUUCAAAAC